CCAUACAACAAUGCCAGUGCCACACACCUUCCACAGCAUGUCUUCCUGGACACAGAAGCCUCCUUCAUAGUCUAUGUCAGAAUGAGGCUGCACCCUGUUCACCCAAAAGACACUGAGACGUACGGGCAUACACCCUUGGAUCAUCUCCAACUGUCAGUCUGGGUGUCUGAGCCCACACUACUGGAUGUCACCUCCAACAAGACACUUUUUCACCAUAACUCUUCCGUGCUUUAUCAGAUUACUGUAGCAGACAGAGGUGUGUACAAACAGCAGCAUCCUCCCGGAGAGAAGUUACAGGCUGUGUCUCUCCAAAUGCAGCCCUGGAAUGCACCUCUGAACUGUUUUUACCAGGAGAAGGCACAGGUAAUGUACUGGAGAGGCAACAUUAUUUCAACAGA